AUGACGUCAUAAGACUGCGCCGCGAUCCUGCAUCUGCUGAAUAAAGGUUUGUUUUAAGAAUUUUAUGUUUAUAUCGACAUAAACAGUUUUAGUAGUUUUACCAGCGAUGUGAAAUGAGUUUAUUUACUAUUUAAUGUAAUUGUAAUUCUUUAUCUAACUGUAAUGAAGGAUAUUUGUGUGAGUAAAGCUCAUCCACUGAUGAGAAACAGUAAACCUGCGUCUCAUUUCUCUCUCUAUGGCUGCACCCGAGAAUCUAGGUAGCUGUCUUGCUGCCUCACUGUCUUAUAAGAGAAUGACUUGUACGGCAGCGUUUGUGCAUGAAGGCACCUCACUGAACUGAUUUUGGACAGACUUCUGAGACAGUGUAACAGUUUAAUGAUCUACAGCAAAAUAGCAUGAGAUUUGCUCAGCUUUCACAGAAUGGAAAGCACAGGAUUAUGGGAUAUCAAAGGCAGCUAAGGAUACAUCUAUGCUUCCUUCAAAAAUCGAUCUGAGGAAGGGAUCUCAUGAGGGAAGUGAAGCUAACAUUGGAUUCAGACGUGCCUUGAUGCCUUUCUACCUUGAAAUGUGUCCUCAAUCAAAUACUUUGAGAAAUGAUUCAGUGAAUCACGACACGUGCUGCUCAAACAGUGAACAUGAUCGAGAACACUAACAAACUAAUCAUGUUUUCAUCAAAGAGUAAUAAUUUAAAUAUAAUCUAUAAUUCUUUAAAUACCAAAUGUAGAUCAUAAAUGUCUAAAUAUGAAGUUUAUUAAUUUUAAGCGUUAGUGUUGUUGUCUAACCAUGUCAUUGAAGACCAUUAACUCUGAUAGCACUGAAAGAGGCGAGUCAUGAACUUAAUGAAAGGGAAGAAGAGAAAGAACAUAACGAUAAACAUCAUGAUUUCAUGAUUGGAGAAAGAUUGACACAGGCUAAAAAGUCUUCCUCACAAAAAAGAGUUCAAAAGACAGGAACUAAAAGUUAUUUCACCUGCCAACAGUGUGGAAAGAGUUUUGACCAACAUAGAAACCUUCAAGUCCACUUGAGAGUUCACACUAGAGAGAGUCCCUUCACUUGCCAGCAGUGUGGAAAGAGUUUCACACAUGAAGAAAACCUUCAAGUCCACAUGAGAAUUCACACUGGAGAAAAGCCUUACACCUGCCAACAAUGUGGAAAGAGUUUUACUGUGAAUGGAAACCUUAAAGUCCACAUGAGAAUUCAUACUGGAGAAAAGCCUCACACCUGCAAACAAUGUGGAAAGAGUUUCAGUCAAAAAGGAAUCCUUAAAGACCACAUGAGAAUUCACACUGGAGAAAAGCCUUACACCUGUCAAGAGUGUGGACAGAGUUUCACUGUAAAAGGAAACCUUAUAGUCCACAUGAGAAAUCACACUGGAGAGAGUCCAUUCGCCUGUAAACAGUGUGGAAAGAGUUUCAGUGGAAAAGGAAACCUUGAAAUCCACAUGAGAAUUCACACUGGAGAGAAACCUUUCACCUGCCAGCAAUGUGGACAGAGUUUCACGCAUAAAGGAAACCUUGAAAUCCACAUGAGAAUUCACACUGGAGAAAAGCCUUACACCUGCACUCUGUGCGGGAAUGGCUUCACACGGGAACGAAACCUUAGGAAACACAUGAAUGUUCACACUGGAGAGAUGCCAUUUACAUGUGAUCAGUGUUGAAAGAGUUUCAGAUUUAAAGGUGACCUUAAGGUCUACAUGAGGAUUCACUCGAAAGAGAACUGUUUUAGAAGUCGUCACUGUGGAAAGAGCAGAGGUGUAAAGAGUAUCUGAAAACCAUUCUUGAGUAAAAGUACAGAUACCUGACAGCAAAAAUUACUCCCAUUACAACAGGGUAUCCGUGGGGCAUUAAAAAGCAUUAAAAGUCAUUAAAUGGAUUUUGCGAAAAUUAAGGCCUUAAAUGGCAUUAAAUUUCAUUUCUACAGGCAUUACAUUUUUUAUAUAUAGUUUUGAAGAAAAAUAAUACUACCAGUUUAUUUUGAAUAAAGCCUAAAUAAUUAAUAACUUUGAUUUGCUGUCGCAAAAUGUACAUUGGUGUGAUACGCACACGGAACCAGUUUGGUAAUUGCCUCCGGCCUGUGCAAAAUUGGUGUAACGCCGUUUCGGACUGUGGCGGGCUGGGACCUGUAGACAGAAGGCUGCAUCAGUUUUGCCAACAUCAGUUUUGCCAGCCUUUUCAGGCCCCUUUUGCGACUUUUUUCUAAGAAGAAAGCGUGUUGUGACGAAUAUAGUGACUUGUUAACCUGAUCUAGCUUCCGAGACCCCCUGGUACUACCGCACGAGCGCAAGAUCUUGCUUUCCUGCCGCUGCCGCACCUCUCUGAUUCAGCAGCUCAUUCAGUUGAGGAUGUGCGCUCUGUCAGAGAACAAAUAAAAUAGAUACUAUUGCUUCUAA